CUCAGGACCUUUGGAAGAGCAGUCAGUGCUCUUACCUGCUGAGCCAUCUCGCCAACCCCGUUAACUGACUGUUAAGUGCAUGUUCCCAUGAGCCUGACUACUUCUGAAUCUUCAGCUCUCUAGAGCAUUUAUUUCCUGUUAGCACUGCAGCUUCCUGUUACUAGUUCAGCCUGCUCUACCCAUGAUAAAGAAGAGAUAAACAUCACAAGGAAGCAAGGAGGAGCGAUGAGAGUAUCUGACCUAAUGUUCCAGUGCAGAGGGGCAGCACAUCAGUAUUUCCUGGGUGAACGGAAAAGUAACCUGAAAAGCCAGGAGUGGGGAGUGGUAUGCAAAUGUAUGAUUGUAAUUUGCACCAAUCACAGCCCAGCUUCCAGGCCCACCAAUCACAAAGCCUCACAUGAGGACCAAUCAGAGGCCAUGCAUUAAACCAAUCACAUUCUACCAUGUUACUGGGGGAAGUGCUCCCCACACUGACCUGUUUGAGAAUAGCCGCAGGGUGAUCAGGAUCAUCUAGAAUUUUCAAGGCUCGUGUUUCCUGGAGUCUUCCCAAGCUGGUGCAGUUUGGAAUGAUUGUGAGUGGGCAAGUCCUCCUGAUGUAGAAGCUGUGUCCAGCACACAUUAAAGUGCUUCCUCUGUGCAGUUGGAGCAUGGCUUCUUUAACGCAUUUGUGAAUGCCUUGCCGUAAUGGUGUUCUCAUCAGCGGGCAGUGAGAGGCUGCACUCCUCCAGAGGCGGUCAGUUAACCCACGAGUCAUCCAGUUGGACCUGAAAAGCUUAGCUCCUUUGAAGGAAAAGUGAACAUCAGAGAAUGCUUACAAUAAAGACCUGCUGUUAAUAUUAACCUUCUGCCUUUAUCAGUAAACCUCAUUUGCUCUGAGUGUGGGGAUGAGUUCACGCUGCACAGCCAGCUGGCCAUACACAUGGAGGAGCACCGGCAGGAACUGGCAAACAACCGAGUGCACACCUGCAAGGCCUGUAAGAAGGAGUUCGAGACGUCGCCAGAGCUGAAGGAACACAUGAAGACUCACUGUAAAGUUAGGGCAUCAGGUACAAGAUCUUAUAAUCGGAACAUUGACAGAAGCGGCUUUACGUACUCAUGUCCACACUGCGGAAAGACAUUUCAAAAGCCCAGUCAGUUAACGCGACAUAUAAGGAUACACACAGGUGAAAGGCCAUUCAAAUGCAGUGAGUGUGGAAAAGCCUUUAACCAGAAAGGGGCACUGCAGACCCACAUGGUCAAGCACACAGGAGAAAAGCCGCAUGCCUGUGCCUUUUGUCCUGCCGCCUUUUCUCAGAAAGGGAACCUGCAGUCCCAUGUUCAGAGGGUCCACUCAGAGGUAAAAAAUGGGCCUACCUAUAACUGCACAGAAUGUAGCUGCAUAUUUAAAAGUUUAGGUAGCUUAAAUACUCAUAUCAGCAAGAUGCAUAUGGGUGGACCACCAAAUUCUACAAGUUCUACAGAGACUGCACAUGUUAUAACGGCCACGAUCUUUCAGACUUUGCCUCUGCAGCAGGUGGAAGCCCAGGUCUCUUCAGUGUCCAGUGAGCAGAAUUCUCAGGCAGUGACUGAUGUCAUUCAGCAGCUUCUGGAACUGUCUGAGCCAGGGCCAGUGGAGGCACAGCAGUCCCCACAGUCUGGGCGACAACUGAGUGUGACAGUGGGCAUCAACCAGGACAUCCUCCAGCAAGCCUUAGAAAACAGUGGACUGUCUUCACUUCCAGUUGCAGCUCCUCCCAGCGACUGCAGCCACGCUCAGGCCACAGCGGCCACGCAGAGUCCACACGCCUCCAGUGUGUCUGCAGAGCAAGCUGAUGCCAUGGAUGCAGAGCAGGAAAAGGGGCAGGAAAGCCCGGAAAAGACGGAGAAGAAAGAGAAAAAAAUUCUGAAGAAGAAAUCCCCGUUCCUACCUGGUUCCAUUCGCGAGGAGAAUGGGGUACGGUGGCAUGUGUGUCCCUACUGCACGAAGGAGUUCCGGAAGCCCAGUGACCUGGUGCGCCACAUCCGCAUCCACACCCAUGAAAAGCCCUUCAAGUGUCCACAGUGUUUCCGGGCCUUCGCCGUGAAGAGCACACUGACUGCUCACAUUAAAACUCAUACCGGCAUCAAGGCUUUCAAGUGCCAGUACUGCAUGAAGAGCUUUUCCACCUCAGGGAGCCUCAAGGUGCACAUCCGCCUACACACAGGAGUUAGACCCUUUGCCUGUCCUCACUGUGAUAAAAAGUUCCGAACCUCAGGCCAUAGGAAGACUCACGUGGCUUCCCACUUUAAGCACACGGAGCUGAGGAAGAUGAGGCAGCAGCGGAAGCCUGUGAAGGGUCGGCUUGGCAAGAGCAGUGUUCCUGUCCCCGACAUUCCUUUGCAAGAGCCAAUUCUCAUAACUGACCUAGGUCUUAUCCAGCCCAUUCCAAAAAACCAAUUUUUCCAAAAUUAUUUUAAUAAUAAUUUUGGCAAUGAAGCAGAUAGACCAUACAAAUGUUUCUACUGUCAUCGAGCAUAUAAAAAGUCUUGCCAUCUUAAACAGCAUAUCAGAUCACAUACAGGGGAAAAACCUUUCAAAUGUUCUCAAUGUGGACGAGGCUUCGUCUCUGCAGGCGUGCUCAAAGCCCAUGUACGGACGCACACUGGACUGAAGUCUUUCAAGUGUCUGAUCUGUAAUGGAGCCUUUACCACAGGUGGCAGCUUACGGCGACACAUGGGCAUACAUAACGACCUCCGUCCCUACAUGUGUCCCUAUUGCCAGAAAACAUUUAAGACUUCACUGAACUGCAAGAAACACAUGAAAACUCACAGAUAUGAACUGGCCCAGCAGCUCCAACAGCAUCAGGAGGCUUCCUCCGUGGAUGAUGACAGCACUGUGGACCAGCAGGCCGUACACGUGUCGGCUCCCAUUCCUGUGGAGAUUGACAGUGCAGAGUUACAGCAGACUCCAGAGACAGUGGCCGCAGACCCUGAGUCUAUACUGGAACUGGGGCCGCAGCAUGUGGUAGGCACAGAAGACACAGCACUUGGACAGCAGUUGGCAGAUCAGCCUUUGGAAGCUGAUGAAGAUGGGUUCCCAGCUUCCCAGGCUCCUCUGCCAGGGCACAUGGACCAGUUUGAAGAGCAAGGCACUCCACAGCCACCCUUUGAGUCAGCAGGACUUCCACAAGGUUUCACAGUGACUGACACGUACAGCCAGCAGACUUCCUUCCCACCUGUGCAGCAGCUGCAGGACUCGAGCACCCUUGAGUCGCAGGCCUUGUCCACGAGUUUCCACCAGCAAAACCUACUGCAGGUCCCCAGCUCUGAUGCCAUCAAUGUGGCAACUCGUUUGCUUCCAGAGUCAUCUCAAGAGGACCUGGAUCUGCAAACACAACGCCCACAGUUUCUGGAGGACAGUGAGGACCAGAGCAGGCGCUCCUACAGGUGUGACUACUGCAACAAAGGCUUCAAGAAGUCCAGUCACUUGAAGCAGCAUGUGCGCUCACACACAGGGGAGAAGCCCUACAAGUGCAAGCUCUGUGGGCGUGGUUUUGUUUCCUCUGGUGUCCUCAAGUCCCACGAGAAGACACACACAGGUGUCAAGGCAUUCAGCUGCAGCAUCUGCAAUGCGUCUUUCACCACCAAUGGGAGCCUCACGCGGCACAUGGCCACACACAUGAGUAUGAAGCCUUACAAGUGUCCAUUGUGUGAAGAGGGCUUCCGCACUGCGGUCCACUGUAGAAAACACAUGAAGAGACACCAAGCUGUAUCGGCUGCAGCCACAGCAGCUGCAGAGACAGAGGGAGGAGACACAUGUGUGGAGGAAGAUGAAGAAAAUUCUGACAGAGGUGCAUCAAGAAAGCCUCGUCCUGAGGUCAUUACUUUUACAGAGGAGGAGACAGCCCAGCUGGCCAAAAUUCAGCCCCAGGAGAGUGCUACAGUGUCUGAGAAGGUCCUGGUGCAGUCAGCUGCAGAAAAGGACCGUAUCAGUGAGAUGAAGGAUAAGCAGGCAGAGCUCGAGGCUGAGCCCAAGCACGCCAACUGUUGCACAUACUGUCCUAAGAGCUUCAAGAAGCCCAGUGACCUGGUGAGGCAUGUUAGAAUCCAUACUGGAGAAAAGCCAUAUAAGUGUGAUGAAUGUGGAAAGAGCUUUACUGUGAAGUCUACUCUAGAUUGCCACGUGAAGACCCAUACAGGCCAGAAGCUGUUCAGCUGUCAUGUCUGCAGCAACGCCUUCUCCACAAAGGGAAGUUUGAAGGUACACAUGCGUCUGCACACGGGAGCAAAGCCUUUCAAAUGCCCUCAUUGUGAGCUGCGCUUCCGUACUUCUGGGCGAAGGAAGACUCAUAUGCAGUUUCAUUACAAAUCGGACCCAAAGAAGGCCAGGAAGCCUAUCCCACGAAGCUCAUCAGAAAGUCUCCAGUCUGGGAACCUUCUCAACUCCCCGUCUACUGACCCCAAUGUGUUCAUCAUGAACAACUCUGUUCUAACAGGGCAAUUUGAUCAGAAUAUGCUUCAGCAAGGCCUGGUGGGCCAGGCUAUCCUUCCUGCCUCUGUUUCAGCCGGUGGCGACUUGACAGUGUCUUUGACUGAUGGGAGUCUGGCCACUCUGGAAGGUAUCCAGUUACAGCUGGCUGCUAACUUGGUUGGACCAAAUGUUCAGAUUUCUGGAAUCGAUGCCUCCAGCAUCAACAAUAUCACACUGCAGAUCGAUCCGAGCAUUCUGCAGCAAACACUCCAGCAGGGCAGCCUGCUUGCUCAGCCAAUCACAGGGGAGUCUGGCACAGCCUCCCAGAACUCUUCUCUUCAGACAUCAGACAGCACCGUCCCAGCCAGUGUUGUCAUCCAACCUAUCUCAGGCCUGUCCUUACAGCCCACAGUGACGUCUGCCAAUCUGACCAUUGGCCCCCUGUCUGAACAGGACUCUGUGCUGACCACCAGCAGCAGCGGGACACAGGACCUCACUCAAGUGAUGACUUCACAAGGCCUCGUGUCCACGUCAACGGGCCCGCAUGAGAUCACCCUGACCAUCAACAACUCCAGUCUCAGCCAGGUCCUGGCCCAGGCCGCUGGCCCCACCUCCUCCUCCUCCUCGGGCUCUCCACAGGAAAUCACGCUGACCAUCUCUGAACUUAAUCCUUCGAGUGGGAGCCUGCCUUCCACAGCACCGAUGUCACCAUCCGCCAUUUCAGCCCAGAACCUCGUCAUGUCUUCAUCAGGAGUGGGUCCUGAUGCCAGUGUCACGCUGACCCUGGCUGAUACUCAGGGCAUGCUGUCUGGAGGGCUAGAUACGGUUACACUGAACAUCACCUCUCAGGGUCAGCAGUUCCCAGCGUUGCUCACGGAGCCCUCCCUCUCAGGCCAAGGUGCAGCAGGCUCACCGCAGGUCAUAUUAGUGAGCCACACCCCACAGUCCUCCUCUGCUGCUGGAGAUGAAAUAGCUUACCAGGUGACUGAUGUCUCCGCCCAGCUGACUCCUAACAGUCAGCCUGAAAAGGAGGGCCAGUCCCACCCGUGCCUGGACUGUGGCCGUGCCUUCUCCUCAGCCGCUGUGCUCAUGCACCACAGCAAGGAGGUGCAUGGGAAGGAGCGCAUCCAUGGCUGUCGGGUCUGCAGGAAGGCCUUCAAGCGUGCCACACACCUCAAGGAGCACAUGCUGACACACCAGGCCGGGCCUUCACUCAGCUCUCAGAAGCCCAGAGUAUUCAAAUGUGACACCUGCGAAAAGGCAUUUGCCAAACCAAGCCAGCUGGAGCGACACAGCCGCAUUCACACAGGGGAGCGGCCGUUCCACUGCACUCUCUGUGAGAAAGCCUUCAACCAGAAGAGCGCGCUGCAAGUACACAUGAAGAAGCACACAGGCGAGCGGCCCUACAGGUGUGACUACUGUGUCAUGGGCUUCACACAGAAGAGCAACAUGAAAUUGCACAUGAAGCGAGCACACAGCUUUGUGGGGACCUUGCAGGCAGCCACUGUGGUCCAGGAACAGGAUGGAGAAGAGCUAAGGACCCUCCACUUGGAGGAAGUGGUGCAGGAGGCGGCGGGCGAAUGGCAGACCCUGACCAAUGUGUUCUGAUGCCCUGGAAAGAGGCCCGAGCAUCUCCAUGGAGCUCCACAUGAGGACAGAGCAGGCAGAGGCUCUCUUCUGAAACUUCAAGUGGUAAAAAUCGACCACGAUCACUUUUUAGCUAAAAUUAUUUGAAGAAUCAUUGUUAUUCAAAGACUCACAGGAAAACAACUGGGAAAUGUACAAAUGCAGUGUUGUCAUUGUCUACCAAUCACAGAGCUGGGCACUACCGUGGUCACUUACCUUCUCAUGGCCAGUGUAUGUCCUUAGCAGAUGAACUGGACCUGAGUAUCAUUGCGGUGAGAUUUGUGUUAGCUAAAGACAUAUUAACAUGAGAAAACACACGUAUGUUAGUGCGUGAAGUUCAGAAGCAGUGCCAUCACACACGGAUGCUUUUCCACUUCUAUUCUGCAUUUUGCUAAUUAGUAACAAUCAGUUUGUUUUAGCCUGCUCUUAAGUUUAUGUAACUGAUGCCUUGAGAGACAGCUGGGCUAGCUCUCUCCAGCACAGAUCCUGAUCCCUAGUUAGAAGAACACAGGACCUGCCUCAGCAGGGCCGUGGAGGAGACCUGACCUGCAGGCAAGGACCAGCUGCUCACAUGGAUGUCCUCAAGCUUGCUGGAUGAAUCUGGUCACUGCAGAAGCACAAGCCAUACCCUGUGAGCAGGAAGUGACAGAGUUAUCUAAGGGACAGUAGCUGUCCCUGUCCACUCAGUAAAUGUAUCCGUAUUUUAAAGCUAAGGACACUCGAGCCCUGCGACUGUUCUCCUCGUAGAUAUGGAGGUGUGUUGUUCAGUGUCAUCAAGCAGUGCCACACGAGACACAAACACAUCCCAAACCAAAUCAUCCUGCGCUGAGCAGUGUGUGCGCUUCAGCAUUCCAAAGACAGACGGUUCCCACUUGAUAUCAGUUCCCUCGAAGCUAUUUAUAUGUUCUAUAUGUAAAUACCUGUGUACAUAGGCAGACACGUGGGCCUCCAUGUGGCUGAGGAGUACGUGUUGUAAAUAGAAGCAGGAGUCCUCCUCACAGAGCGCAUCUGCGGCCACUUCCUGGUGCACCUCAGACCCGUGUCUUGUUCACUGUUAAUAAAUGGAUAGCUUUUUCACUGUAACAUAAAGCUGGGCUCUAUUUUUUUUCUGAAAAAAAAUAAUUGCCUUUAUUUUCUCUCAUUGCCUCCUUGGUUUCAGAAGAGAGCAGUUUUAUUAUAAAUAUUUUGUGGACUUGUUCACUAGAGUCCUGAAGAGAGACAGUUCACUGUUAUUUUGAAAGGGCAUCUUUUGAUUUUGUUCACUUUUGUCAUCUGUAUAUAAGUAAUAUUGACAGUGACAUAAAAACUUUUGUUAUGUGAAAAUAUUUAAGUCAGAGAACUGUUAAAUAUUAUUACUUUUUUCCAAACUGAUUUGUGUAUUGUAUAUUUUUUUAAGAAGAAAAAAGCCUUACUUGACUUCUUGUGAUACUGGACUUAAAAACCCAAGGCCCCCUGAAUGUCAGUGUGCACACUGGCUAUGGUAGUGUUUUCAAAAGAAUUGUAAUUUUGCGAGAGUUUUAAAGUCUCUGCUAUUCAUGCACUUUUUCUUUUAUAAUUUUGUAUUGAAAUAUUUUAGAAAUAUUAAUUAAUUUUAGUGGACAGGUAUCCCCCAAAUUGAAAUUAUUGGAUUUAAAUUUUUUUGCUCUAUCUGGGUUAUUUAUUUUCCUUUCAGCAUUAAGUGUCUUCUCAGGUCAUCUGUAGAGAGGUUGGCUACUUCCUGGCUGUGUAGUGAAUGCAGGGUACUGUCUGUGGCGGUCAGUUACCUAUGUAAGUAAGAUCUGACCAGGGGAUCUGAAGCCUGCUUUCAUUUGGGUUCAAGAAAAGAAAAUGCACCAGUAACCCAUCUUGUGUCUUUUCUCAAUUUAUUAGCAAACAGAUAUGACGUGUGUAUUUCCAUUUCCUUCCUUACCAUCAAAGCUGCUUCUUUACCAACAUUCCUUGAGAAUACAAGGUUUUGAGAAGAUAACUCACUUGAAUAUUGUGGUUUACAGGUUGAUCUCUGUAUGUUAAUGUUUGAAAUGCUGUUUUAGGAAAGUGGUUUCUAGCCUCAUGUGUAACCAGGGUUUUGAGGAUAGAGAACUGUAUUUUUAGAACUCUAUAUAACAUAAACUGUUUUGAAAUAACUAAAUGCAAAAUGACAUUAGGAAA